AUGUUUCUCCCCCCUGGAAGGCCACCUGAGCCGCUCUCUGAUAAAUCCUCCUCUGACUGGACACCUUACCGAAAUUGCAUCAAAUUUGAAAUGGCAGAGCCUCCAUUCACUGAUUUUCAUGACCUCUACAAACCCAUCGACAAAACACCACUUGGAGAUGUCAAAUGGCAGUCAUUUUCAGUUCGCUACAAUGGUGAAAGACCAGACACUGAUGUGCCACCAUGGAUGGAUCAAGUCUUUGACAUCUGGUACCGUGAUCCACAAGAGGUCAUUCACAACAUGCUUGCAAAUCCUGACUAUGCCAAAGAGUUUGAUUAUAGACCCUACCACAAGUUCUCAACUGAUGGUGAUGAGUGUCAGUGGAAGGACUUUAUGUCUGGUGAUUGGUCAUGGGAUCAGGCUGAUAUAACCUCAGAAGAUCCAGAAUCGCACGGAUCCACAUUUGUACCUGUUGUUUUAGGCAGCAACAAGACUACAGUGUCUGUUGCAAUGGGAAACAAUGAGUACUACCCACUCUAUGCGUCUAUUGGCAAUGUUCGCAACAAUGUCAGACAAGCUCAUUAUGAUGCAUUUUGCCAGCAAUUGUUUCACUGCUUGCUCUCCAAGAUUCUUGAAACACUUCAUCCUGGUAUCACCAAGUACGAAGUCACACAUUUUGGCGAUGGACAUUUCCACCAUGUUAUUUAUGGUCUGGGACCAUAUAUUGCUGACUAUGAGGAGCAAGUCUUAUUGAGAUGCAUUGUGCGUGGUUGGUGCCCAAAAUAUUUGGCUUCACAUGUCAAUCUAAAUGAGCCAGCCAGUUGGCGCUGUCAUGAUCAUAUGGAUGCGCUUGUCAAGGAAGCCAACAUCCAUGAACUCAUCUCCCCCAAUAUCCUUCACCAACUCAUCAAAGGGACGUUCAAAGAUCAUCUGGUGGAUUGGAUCGAGAAGUACCUAUACCAGACACACUUAAAGAAAGAUGCUGAUCGCAUCAUGGAUAACAUUGAUCGAAGAAUCGCGGCUGUUCCAGCCUUUGCUGGCGAUGACUCAAAAGCCAUGAUGAAGGUAUACAUACCUGCCAUUGAGGGGUAUGUCCCAGCAGAUAUGAUCUGGACAUUUCAAGCCUUUCUCGAGUUUUGUUGUCUUGUCCAAUGUAGCAUAAUCAUGGAGAAGACUCUCGAGCAAAUCCAGGAUGCACUCAACCGAUUUCAUCAGUACCAGAAAAUUUUUCAAACACUCGAUGUUGUUCCUACAUUCUCACUCCCUCGCCAACAUUCCCUACAACACUACCUACUCCUAAUUCGACUUUUUGGGGCCCCAAAUGGUCUAUGCUCUUCAAUUACCAAAGCAAAACAUAUCAAAGCAGUGAAGGAACUGUGGAGGCGCUCCAGCUGGUACAAGGCACUCAGCCAAAUGUUGGUCACAAACCAACACCUCAACAAACUUGCUGCAUUGUGUGCUGAUUUUACCCAGCGCAAGAUGCUCAAUGGUACAUGCCUUUCCACAGCUGCCCUUGAACUUGCACUUGAAUUGUCAAUCAAACAUCUCCCAAAUAUUCUGCAAUGCUUUCUCUUCACUCAACUCAAUCUCAACAAUCCCUGUGACCCCUCAGAGGUUCCCCUUGCCUGUUGUCCCCAAUUUGAUGGCAAAAUCAACAUUUUCAACUCGGCAUGUUCAAGAUUUUUUGCACCGAGUGAUCUCAGUGGUAUCAGGGGCAUGCGCUGUGAGUAUAUUUGCACAUGUCUGACAUGGAGAAAUGAGCACCCUCAGUUUGAUUGCAUCUUUGUCAACACAAACCCAGGUCUUGAUGGUAUGAGGGGUAUGGAUGCUAGAUUAUACCCAUGUGCAGUUGUGCAGUGGUUUGAUACCAUUGGAGGCUCGCCCGACAAAAACACUGGAAUGUGGGUUGUACAGCCUGCUCAUAAUGCUGAUAACACCCCCCAUAUUGCCAUCAUUCAUAUUGAUUCAAUCUAUCACGCCGCACACCUUAUUCCUGUAUAUGGUACUCGACCUGUUCCUCCACAACAUCAGCACCAUCAGACCUAUGAUGUUUUCUGCUGUUUUUAUGUUAACAAAUAUGCUGAUCAUCACUCCUUUGAAAUUGCAUUUUAG